CCGACAGAGGGGAGAGUCUCUGCUCGUCUGUAGGUUUGCAUUGAUCCAAACUGGUAUCGUUCUGCCAGAUAUCUGGAGAGGAACUUAAAGGAAAGCGGGUUGAUGGAUCUGAUGGGCUACUGGGUUGGAGGAUCCAGGUCAGACCAGGACUGGACUGAGACCACGUCUGCUCUGAUCAGAUAAACCCCUGAAUUCCAGACCGGAUGUUGUCAUCUCCUUCUACCACUUCCACCCUACCUUCAUCUCUUAACCCUAACCCCCGACGUGUUGCCAUGGAAACCUACUGGAGGGAGGUGCAGAGCAUCGAGGAAGAGAAGGAUGGAGACGAAGAGGAGGAGGAAGAGGAGGAGAGGAAGAGCAUGGACGAAGUGGAGUUGGAGGAGUCGUGGCUCAUGGAGGCGGGGCUGUCCUCCCUGGUGACCGGCUCCCCAACGUCAGAGGCCAUCCGGCCUCCGGCUGAGGCCGUGCUGUCCACAUUGACGCGACAACAAGCCGCCACAGUGAGGAAGAGACUGGACAACUACAAUGAGACGCUGAGGAAAAGGAACCGGCAGCCAAUUAGAGACGUGCGGGACAUCUUCAGCGAGCCUGAUGAUGACUCAGCAGAACAAUGCCCCUCCCCUCUCCCGAGUCGCGCAGAGUCACCACCAAGUCGGUCCCAAUCCCCCAUCAAGACUAUCCGCCGCCACAGCACCAGAGUGCGACCGACUCUUGCCAUGUUUGUUCUUGAGGAUCACCUACCUGAACAGUUGUCACCCCCCGCCAACACUGACUUGGGCACAGUCCCGCCUUCUGCUUGUCCCUCACACUCUCCACCAGUGAGUCAGCUGAAACCAGCCAGCUGGCUGCUGCGGGGCACGCCGUACUCCGAGGGCGUGGCCGAGCACAGGCGGGGCGGGGCUUGCUGGGAUUGUCUCCUUCUACAGGGAGACAAGAAUGGUGAGCUGCAGUUUGCUGCUGUCCCUCCCUCGCAGGGCCUCACCUGUGCAGAUGACCUGUGCUCCCGUGACCUCAGACGGCUCGGCUUCAUCACCCACAUCGAGCUGUCCACCUUCCUGCUGGCUCUGGGGGUCCAAUCCAAGCGGACCCGGCCGCUCUGGAAGAGAACCCGAGACAGCGGUGUGUUCGGAGUCCCUCUGACGUCCCUGCUGGAAAACGACAGGAAGAAGAUUCCAGGACUCAAAGUUCCCGUGGUCUUCCAGAAGUUGUUGUGUAUUCUGGAGCAGACGGGCCUCCACACAGAGGGGAUACUCAGAGUUCCAGGAUCAGCUGCUCGCCUGAAGCAGCUGCGCAGGGACCUGGACAGGUGCAGCGCAGCCUUUGACUGGUCAACGAUCCGACAGGUGGAUGCUGCUGGUCUCCUGAAGCUCUUCGUCAGGGAGCUGCCUAUCCCUCUGCUGACACACACACACCUGUCCACCUACCGAGCUGUGCUGGGUGUGUCCUCUGAGGUCCAUCAGAUCCAAGCUCUGCAGCUGCUGUCACUGCUGCUUCCUGAAGCCCACAGACAGGUUCUGAAAGCCUUGCUAGUCUUCCUCCGUAAGGUGGUCUUCCAUCAGGAACAAAACCGUAUGUCUUUGUGGAACGUCUCCAUGGUGAUGGCUCCCAACCUGUUUGCACCCAAUUUUCAUGGAAACAAGAGCUCCAUCGCCAAGCAGCAGGAGGAGAUGGAGGAGGCAGUGGGUGGGGCCAAACUGAUCCAGCUAAUGAUCCGACAUCAGGACCUGCUCUGGACUAUCCCCAACUUCCUGCUUUCCCAGGUGAGACAGAUGAACCAAGCAUCUAACCAGAGGAACCUGAUCAGGACGAAGUCUCACCUGCUGAAGGGGAGGACCCACAAGAACAACAGGAGCCAGAUCACGGAGCUGUGGGACGGCAUCAUCAGAGUCCACGCACCUUUACACGCCAAGGUGUCCAUGGCCAUACAACUGGACGAACAGACGGCAGUCAGAGACAUCACGUCCCGCUUCGAGUCUGACGGCAGCCCCGCCCAGCGUCUGUACGAGGUUGGAGGAAACAUCUGCGAACGCCGUCUCCACCCGGACUGCCGCCUGCUGGACGUUUAUAGAGCUAAUCCUCGCUGCGAUUGGCUCAUCAAACCCUGACUGCCUGAGACAUCCCGUCCAAUCAGAGGGACACUGGUUUGUAUUGAUCUGAAUGUUGACGGUGGUUUUCUGAUCACCUCCUCUGCUGUUAUUACAUGUUCUCC